AUGACAGCAACUCUGGCUGGCGCGGGCUUCGUGGUCGCUGCUCAAGCAGCUCUUCCAGCCGCUGACUCUACUGCUGCUGCUGCUGCUGCCGUUGAAGCUCCUAUAGCUCUUGCUGCCAACACUGCUCCAACUGUUCCUCGAGCCGCUCUCCCUGCUGCAGCUGUGGCUGCUCCUCCUGCAGCUGCUGCCCCUGCGCCUCUUACAGCAGUCCCCCCUGCAGGCGACUCUGUUCCUCUUUUUCUUCUUCUCCUUACUUACACCCUUCCUCUUCCUUUUUCCUCCUCUCCUCGAUGGAGUGACGCCCGAUAG